UUUCUUUAUAAGCGAAGAUUGGCCACGUCUUUCCAUUCAAUCUUUGGUGAAAAUUUGCCGGUAGUUCAGGUGUGGUGCUUUUUUACCUCGAAUUUGGUAAAAAAAAUGAAUAGAUUACGGUUAGGGUUAUUCCUCGCGGUUAUUUGUGCCGCUUUGGCUAAAGAAGAAGAUGUAGUUGAAUUAGGAGACAGCGAUUUUGAAUCGAAAAUGAAGGAUUAUGAAGUAGCACUGGUUAUGUUUUAUGCUCCUUGGUGUGGGCAUUGUAAGAAAUUGAAGCCGGAAUUUGCGAAGGCCGCCGAAGAUCUACUAAGGAAUGAUCCGCCUGUCACGUUGGUUAAAGUGGACUGUACAGAAGCCGGCAAAGAAACUUGCUCGAAAUUCGAAGUUAGCGGGUAUCCAACCUUGAAAAUAUUUAAGAACGGCGAUAUUUCUCAAGACUACAAUGGGCCGAGAGAAGCAGCAGGUCUCGUUAAAUACAUGAAAGGCCAGGUCGGUCCUAGCUCGAAGGAGCUUUCGUCGGUCGCCGAUUUUAACAAAUUCCUCACAGCCGAAAACGAUGUGUCCGUCGUAGGCUUCUUCGAAAAGGAAACCGAUUUAAAGAUCGCGUUCUUGAAAGCAUCUGAUAGAUUGAGGGAAAAGGUCCGAUUCGCGCAUUCUACUCACAAAACGGUCUUGGACAAACAAGGAGUUAAAAAUGGUAUUGUUCUAUUUCGGCCUGCUAUACUCGCAAACAAAUUUGAAGAUGAUAGUGUAACAUAUUCGGGCAAGGCAGAUGCGGAUAGCAUCAAGGAAUUCAUUACCAAUAACUAUCAUGGUCUUGUUGGGCACCGUACAUCUGACAACAGAGCGGACUUUAAAUCUCCAUUAAUCGUCGCUUACUACAAUGUUGAUUACGUGAAAAAUGCUAAGGGCACAAACUACUGGCGUAACCGAAUUCUGAAGGUGGCCAAAAACUACAAGCAGUACACUUUCGCCAUCAGUAACAAGGACAUUUUCCAAAUGGAAUUAAACGAAUUCGGCAUGGACUACGCCAAAGGAGACAAACCCGUGGUAUUUGCCAAAAAUGCCAAAGACCAGAAGUUUGUAAUGAGCGAUGAGUUUACGAUUGAGACAUUCGAGAAAUUCGUGAAGGAUCUAAUUGCCGAGAAAUUGGAAGUGUAUGUUAAAUCGGAGGCAAUUCCCGAAAGCAACAACGAACCCGUGAAGAUUGCUGUUGGCAAAAACUUCGACGAGGUUGUUAUCAAUAACGGAAAGGACACCUUAAUCGAAUUUUAUGCUCCAUGGUGUGGACAUUGUAAAAAAUUAAGUCCCAUUUACGACGACCUCGCAAAGAAAUUAGAAAAUGAAGAAGUGGCCAUUGUGAAAAUGGACGCGACAGCUAAUGAUGUGCCACCAUUGUUUGACGUUAAAGGAUUCCCCACAUUAUACUGGCUUCCUAAAGAUAACAAAAAGUCGCCAGUUCGUUAUGAAGGUGGCCGAGAGUUGGACGAUUUCAUCAAGUAUAUUGCAAAACAUGCAACCUCAGAACUGAAGGGUUAUGAUAGGAAGGGUAAAGAUAAGACUAAAACAGAACUGUAAUAAUUUUAAGUUUCGUAUUCGUUAAUAAGUAAGUCAUUUUGAUGUAGUUUUCUUUGUAAGUAAAGAUUUUCUUAAAUU